CCUCCCACCCCCCCUCCUUUCUCCUUCUUCAAUCCCAACCUCUGACCGCCCUCGCCGUCGCCAUCCCCUUUCCCCCCCCACCUCCACGCGCGCGCGCCGCGGCACCGCCCCCCGCCUCCGCCGCACGCGCGCGCGCGCGCGCCUCGGACCGGCCCGGCCAGCAGCCGCGCCGGAUUCCGCCGCCGCCGGACGCCGCCGGACGCGCCGGAGCCGGAUCGGCCCUCCGCGCGCGGCGCUGCAGCAGGUCUGCCUUCCGGGUUGGCGUCAUCAUUAUGUGCUUGCCGAGCAAUGUGUAGCAGUUGCCGCUCGCAAGACUCGAUCGCCCGUUCCCGCGCCGGUGUGCUAGGCGAUGGCAAAACUCCCGAUAGUUGGCCGCAGUGUGCAUAGUAAGAAACCCAACGAGAGCAUGAGGCUUGUCGUCGUGACCAUCAUCGGGGUGGUCUUUGGUUUCUUCAUCGGGAUCUCCUUCCCAACAGUCAGCAUAACAAAGCUUCACUUCCCUUCUAGCAUUGUUUCCUACAUAGAGGACAAGAACUCUGGACUCUCAGCUCAGGCUAUACUGAACCAUGCCUGGAUUUCUGCUAGAAACGCAAGGGGAAAUACUUCUGAAUCUAGUUCAAACACUACCAUGAAGAUAUAUGUACCAACAAACCCCAGGGGCGCGGAGAUGCUAGCACCUGGCAUCAUUGCAUCAGAGUCUGAUUUCAAUGCUCACAGACUAUGGGGAGACCCGGCUGAGGACCUACCCUUCAAGCCAAAGUACCUUGUUACUUUUACUGUUGGAAUUGCACAGAAGGACAACAUAAAUAGAGCAGUCCAGAAGUUUUCUGAUGACUUUGCUAUCCUGUUAUUUCACUAUGAUGGCCAUGUGACUGAAUGGGAGGAAUUUGAGUGGUCAAAACGAGCGAUUCAUGUUAGUGUUCUGAAACAAGCGAAAUGGUGGUAUGCUAAAAGAUUCUUGCAUCCUGAUAUCGUGGCACCUUAUGAGUACAUAUUUAUCUGGGAUGAAGACCUUGGAGUCGAUCAUUUCAAUGGAGAGGAGUAUAUCAAACUUGUCAAGAAAUAUCAGCUGGAAAUCUCACAACCUGGUUUGGAGCCAGAUAAGGGAUUAACAUGGCAGAUGACCAAAAGAAGAGGGGAUCGUGAGGUCCACAAGGAUACUGAGGAGAGGCCAGGCUGGUGCACGGAUCCUCAUCUUCCACCAUGCGCUGCGUAUGUAUUUUGCCCUCCGCAGCUGACUUGUGUUACUUUGGUUGCUGAUAUACGUGGAAAAGGGCCUAACUGUAUAUGUUUGAUGUGCAGUUUUGUUGAAAUUAUGGCUCCGGUCUUCUCCAGAGAUGCAUGGAGAUGUGUAUGGCAUAUGAUUCAGAAUGACUUGGUUCAUGGAUGGGGUCUGGAUUUUGCUCUGAGGAAAUGUGUGGAGCAGCCUGCUCAUGAGAAAAUCGGUGUCGUCGACUCCCAGUGGAUCGUACACCAAGUGGUUCCUUCUCUUGGGAACCAGGGACAGGCGGAGAACGGGAAGGCGCCAUGGGAAGGGGUGCGGGAGCGCUGCCGAAAAGAGUGGGGGAUCUUCCAGACGAGGAUCGCGGAGGCCGACAAGGCGUAUUACGAGAUGAUGGGCGUUACCCCUCCCAACGUAACAUUUGUCCACUAGGCCGUCGUAUACGUCGCCGCUGUUAAUCCUCCCUCCCCCCUUUUUUGUCAUCUCUAGAGCCCUUAUUGUAGUGAGCUUAGGUGAAUGGUGAUGAUAUUGAUGAUACGUGUAGAGCAUACACAGAUAUCAUACCAUACCAGGUUAAUUUUGUUACCUCCCUUU